AUGCUUCCCACCGAUUCUGACAUGUUUGUCAAGGCCAAGACCGGAACUGGAAAGACUUUGGCCUUCUUGAUCCCCGCGCUUGAGACUGUGGUGGCGAAGACCGAUAGCAAGCUCCUGAAGCGAGGAGACAUGGCAACCUGCCUGAUUGUCUCUCCCACUCGCGAGUUGGCACAGCAGAUUGCAGAGGAGGCCAGGAAGCUCGUCACUCCUCAUAGGUUCAACGUACAUUGCCUUGUCGGCGGUGAGAAUAAGGGCAAGCAGAUUCGCCAAUUGAACACUAAGCGUGUGGACAUUGUCGUCGGAACCCCUGGCCGUCUGAACGAUUUGAUUGAAUCCGUCUCCGAGUUCCGCUCUCAGUUGGAGGGUGUCAAAACUUUGAUCCUUGACGAGGCCGAUCAGUUGUUGGAUAUGGGAUUCAAGGACAGCAUUGAGAGUAUUGUUGGAGCAAUCCCUAAGGAUCGCCAGACAUUGCUCUUCUCCGCCACAGUGUCUCGCCAGAUCAAAUCUAUUGCCAGAACUUCUCUUAAGCCCGACUUUACUUUUAUCGACACCGUUGAUCCCAACGAAGCCAACACUAACCUGCAGGUCAACCAGUCCUACUGCGUCACAACCUAUGAACAGCAGUUGCCACUUUUGGCCCGCAUUAUUGAGGAUCAUAAGAAGUCGAAUCCCCACGGCAAAGUCAUGGUUUUCUUGCCAACAACCCGCGGAACUCAGCUCUACGCCUCGCUCUUUGAAGAGUUGACCAGCUACCGCCUCUUCUCACUGCACUCCAAAAAGUCGCAGGAGCAGCGCACCAGGACUUCUGACCGCUUCAGAAAGAGCAAAGGAUCCAUUAUGUUUACAUCAGAUGUUUCGGCUCGCGGCGUUGAUUAUCCCGAUGUGUCGCUUGUUAUCCAGGUCGGUAUCCCAUCCUCCAAGGAGCAGUACAUUCACCGUGUCGGUCGUACAGGACGCGCUGGAAAGACAGGAGAGGGUAUUUUGAUGAUCACACCUGUUGAGAAGUCGUUCUUGGAUGUAAUGGCAGACCUGCCUCUGACUCUUAAUGAGACCUCCAAGGGAAUCAAUGAGAUUAUGGAGGACGAGGGAUUGUUGGCGAAAUUGAAGGCCGCCAAGGAAGCGCAAGACCCCGAGAUGAUUCACGACGCCUUCACCGCAUACCUUGGAUACUACACUGGGCGCCUGGAUGUUCUUACUUGUCCUAAGCGUGACAUCCUGGAUUCUGCCAAGCAGUACAUCCUGAACCUCGGUGCGGACGAGCCACCCCAUCUGAGCGAAUCCUUCCUUUCCAAAUUGGGAUUCAGCUCCAGGGCUGGUCCAUCUCGCGGUGGAUUUGGACGCGGAAACUUUGGCGGCGGACGUCGCGACAGCUUCAGCCGUGACCGCUCGCCUUCGCGAUUCGGGGACCGUGAUGAGAAACGUGGCAAGGAUGUUGGCCGCAGCAGCUAUGGACGAGACAACAGCCGUCAAUCAAGUUAUAUGAAGAACGAUCGCACCGAUCGUCGGACUAACAAGGACAGUAGAGACUUUUCAGACCGCUUCUUCUCCAGGGAUUGA